GUGUAACCCUCUUUCAAGACCUCCUUGUUCACCAGUUGCUCUAAGGAUGCAAGAAUGAUUGGCAGACUGCACUUUCUUUCGAACAACUUGCAAUGAGGAUCUAUGACAAGUUAAGAGAGAUAGUGAAGAUUCAGAAGUUCCGAAGAUUGGUAUCAUAUACUGGGUUUUACUGCUUCGCCACACUCAUAAGCUAUGCUUAUGUCAACAAUACGACAAGAGCUGGUUACUCUAGAGCCGAUCAAUUCUAUGCAUCAUACCCUGCUGGUACCGAGCUUUUAACGGACACUACCAAGUUGUACAAAGCUGCACUUGAAAACUGCUUUGAAGCUGAAGAGUGGGGUCCGUUUGAGUUCUGCAUCAUGGAAAAACACUUUAAUCGUCAAGGGAAUUCGCCAUAUGCUUAUCAUGCGUGUUUAUGGAAUUAACAAAAGAAUAUGACGUGUUUGGCUUCUUUCAGCAAUACAUGGCACACCUCCUUUCCCUUGGACAACUUGAUGGAAGUGGUUGAUCAGAGUGAUUUACAUAUAAACUAUGAUGAAGUAUGACAGUAGAAACUUUUGCAAUAUAUGAAGACAUGUAAAGGCAAAUGAGAAAACAAUGAGGUUUGAGUACUUACUGAGAUUUGAACUCCCCGUGCAUUCUACAGCAGAUACUCAGCUUUCUUCCUGUUCUUUGAUAUUCAAACUCAGUCAGUCUCAAAUGUUUCUGAUUGAGUUGUUUACUGUACUAAUUGUCUAAUGCUAUCCUAAUUAAGACUAUUUUAAUAAAUGCUGGCAUUUAAAUAAAAAAUAGUUUAAUUUUGUUUUUAA